AUGAUCGGGGUUGCCAGAACAACCGUCACGAUGGUCAGAGUUAAAGAAGACGCCGGAGAGGAUACUCCCCUGGCCGAAUUCCAACGCCGGCAAGAAAAAAGAAAGACAGGAAAAAGCCACGGCGGAGAACCUGGGAAAGAACAAACCAAGGAGCGUUUGGUCCUUAGUGCUUCUCAGCCUGAACCAAAGAAAAAAAGCAACACCAAUCUUCCACCUGAAAAAGAGGAUAUACCGCCCCCUCAAUAUACCCCCACUGCUGCCAAGCAUUUGGAAGACCAGAAACUGGCCAAAAUCGAGGCCGAACUCAAGAAGUUGGGCAAUGAUAGUGAUCAAAAGCAAAGGAUGCGGAGAUAUGUCCUCGAAGAAACUAGACGGCGUUGUCUCCUCGGACAACCCGACCCUACAGAACAAGAGUUGGAAGAUCUGGUCGACGAAAAAGAAGCUCGUAGAACCCUGGCCCUUCUCGAGAAGAAACGGGACAAGCGGAAAGUCCAAGAGCAGGAGAAUUACCAAGAGACUAAGGGUUACGAGAGCCCCCGCGAAGAACGCUUGCACGCUACCAGAGAUACCAUAUUUUGGGUUGCUUUCAGAGAAAGAUACCCAGCCUUCGACACCACCCUCGAGAAAUUCGACGCGAUAUACCAACAGAAGGGCGUCGAAGAGAAUCCAAAUCCCUCGAGCGUCGAGAUCCUCGAAGGAGAACAGGGGAACUCCCCAAGGAAAACUAAGGCACAUAAUCGCCUUGAAUUCAAUUGGAAUCGAAAGAGCCCUCGAAAAGGUGAGUACAGGCACGGUUACGAGCCACGUCGAGGCCGCAACAACAUCGAGGGUGAUUAUGACCAAGGAUACCACCACUGUCCUCGAUACUCGCCUCCAAGACAACAACAAUAUCAUGGGCAUAGGGAAAAUCCUCCGUACUACCAGGAAGACCAGCAAGGAACAAGAGACCAGAACAUUUUGAUCCGAGAAGAAAUAAGCAAAAUCAUCGGGAUAGGGCUGGACCGAAGCCCCUUCAUCCCCAGCAUUCGAGAUGAACCUAAGCCCCGAGACUUCGAUUUCCCUAAAGAAUUCAAGGCGUAUUCAGGAGAUACGGAUGUCUCCCAAUGGUUACAAGGAUAUGUUCAAGUCAUGAGAAUCCGAAACGCAACCAUGAACUUCAUGGCAAAGGCGCUGCCUUCCUACUUAUCCGGAUCAGCACAGCGGUGGUUUGGGCAACUACCAGAAGGAAGCGUCACUAGCUUUGAAGAUUUGUCUGUCAAACUAGCUACUCGUUUCUUCCAAAGCAAACGGAUAUCGCGGGUGUCCAUCGACCUUUUUUCGAUCAGACAAGGACAGCAUGAGAGUCUAACCGACUUUCACAGACGAUUCAUACAAAAGACCUUGCAAGUCGACAACAUUGACGACCGAGACGUCCGCAACAGAUUCAUCCAAGGUAUCAACCCCUUCGAAAAAUCCUCAAUGUUGAGAGUUAAGCUCUCGACAAAACCCCCUAGGAAUGCACAUGAGAUGUGGGCUAUUGUCGAGAACCAUAUACAGCGAGAACACACGCUCAAGAGGUCCCAAGAAUCCUUCGCCUCGGUAGGCCCCAAAGAAAAACCAAAAAUCCCCCAGGAAGGCAGACCGGCACUGCCCAAAAUGGAUAGGCAAUUAAAGCCCUUAACCAAGCUCCGACGAGAAAUCCUCCAGAUCCAUAGGGACGAACUGCCGACUCCGAAACCCUUGGCCCCUAAUCCAAAUAGAUCAACUGAACAAUACUGUGAGUAUCACAAAGAUCACGGCCACGACACGGAGGAUUGUCGAGAGCUCAAGCGUGAAAUCGAGAACGGGGUCAAAUCUGGUAAAUUUCAGCAAUAUGUGCAGGGAACAGCUUCCUGA